AUGAACUUUGAUGAAACGCAGAUGAAGACAAUUGACAUGUCUUCCGUCAGUUACAAGAUAAUAGCACUCAUAGCCCUUGGCGCAAUGGCGCUUGGCAAAGAUAUUCGCUCUGGAAAGAAUGGCCCUAUGUCUGGAGGACUGUUCCCCAUUGAUUCCGACGAUGACAAGUUUGAAGAGAUAGCGCAGUUCGCUGCCAAAGAUAUUGGGUCCGAAUUUACAUUGGACAGCGUCGAAGAUGCCAAAGCGCAGUUGCUUGACGAGACUGCAGAGGAUUCUAACAUUCAACCACAACGCAGUUUAAACGUAUCAGGAUGGAAUAUGGCUGAAGGGGGCAGGAUAUUGAUUAUGGACGGUGGAGGCAUUAGAGGACUCGUUAUGCUCGAGAUCUUGGAGGCAAUCGAGAAGAAAGCGGGUCAACCAAUACAACAACUGUUUGACUGGAUUGGCGGAACAAGCACCGGAGGAAUUAUUGCACUGGGUAUUGCAACGGGCAAAUCCGUCUCUCACAUUCGCAACAUUUACUAUAAACUGAAGGACCAAGUAUUCACGGGCUCAACGCCGUACGAUUCUGAAGUGUUAGAAAAAUUGUUGAAAGAGCAAUUUGGGGAAACAAGCGUUAUGACGGAUAUAAUUCAUCCAAAGGUCCUGAUAACUGGAGUUUUAGGAGACCACAGGCCGUGGAAACUUCACAUGUUUCGGUCGUACAUGAAAGGAUACAAGCAAGCAGAAAAAGGAUUUUAUCGCAUCAAACCACCAAAUGAGCAGUUCAUCUGGGAGACAGCCCGCAGCACGUCUGCAGCGCCCUCAUACUUUCAUCCGUACAAUCAGUUCCUUGAUGGAGGCUUGAUGUCCAACAACCCUACCCUUGACAUUCUCGCGGAAAUUCACGAAUUUAAGAAAGAACAAACGAAAAAAGCUGAUUCAGGUCGAUCUCUGGACGUGGUGGUUUCACUUGGUUGCGGCCAUGUGGACCACAUACCUGUCACAGUCCCAGACCUAACCUCUGGUGGUGUAGGUGCGAUCAUACCCUGGCUGAACUUCGCUAAAGACGUAUUAUAUCAGGUUUCAAUAUCGGACGGGCAACCGACGAAUCGUGCAAGUGCUUGGUGCGAGAUGAUGAAUGUUCCGUUCUUUCGGUUGUCACCGCUCCUGACAGAGGAUGUUCCCCUGAACUGUGUCGAUAAACAAAAGCUCGAGCAGAUGAUUCAGAAAACAAAAUCCUAUAUUGGAGAACAAAUGGAUAGCAUAACGAAGAUCGCGCAGUAUUUGAAAAGGUAG